CUAAUGUACACGUUAUGAUUUUAGUGGCCACUUGUCUUUUAUGUUCAUCAAUCUAAACAAUUUGUGAAUAUUAGUUGAGAGUAAGCAGUCAAUAUAUAUGUUAUUUAAGACGUGAUGUUAUUUGUAGUGAAUUGUACAUGCCUGCCUUUGUCGAGCUGACUAGGCUAGGCUAGCUAACUACUAGUAGCGGUACAUUACCGCUAAAUCAUUAUCUAGCUAUCGGAUUCAAAGCCAGCAAUCCAGCUUCUGAUGCAAAAAACUGUCGUUUCCAAUCAACACUACGAUGACCAGCGAGGUGUGCAGCCACGUCAAAGUGGUUGUACGUGUGAGACCAUUUAAUGACAAUGAGCAGAGUGAGAACUCCAGGAAGGUUGUCCAGGUUGUGGACAACCACAUGCUCAUCUUUGAUCCCAAGGAGCAGGGAAUCCCAUCUUUUGGGGCACAGAGACUGCGAAACAGAGAUCUUAACAAGAAGGCCAGCAAGGACUUGAAGUUUGUCUUUGAUAAUGUUUUUGGGGAAGAUUCUACGCAACUGGACAUUUUCGAGAACACCACCAAGGGUGUACUGGACGGAGUGUUAAAUGGUUUCAACUGCACAGUGUUUGCAUAUGGUGCAACUGGAGCAGGUAAGACACACACCAUGCUGGGCUGCGGUGGUGACCCAGGUGUAAUGUAUCGUACCAUGAAUGAACUCUUCAGACGCAUGGACGAGGUCAAGGACGAGAAAGUGUUUGAAAUCGCUUUCUCAUAUCUUGAGGUAUAUAAUGAGCAGAUCCGGGACCUCCUGGCGAACGUGGGUCCCUUGGCUGUGAGAGAAGACAGCUCCAAAGGAGUAGUGGUCCAUGGCCUCACUUUGCACCAGCCCAAGUCUGCUGAGCACAUUCUGGAGGCGUUGGAUUUUGGGAACCGCAACAGGACUCAACACCCCACCGAGAUGAACGCCACCUCUUCACGGUCCCACGCCGUGUUCCAGAUCUACUUGAGACAGCAGGAUAAGUCAGCCAGCCUCAACCCCAACGUGCGCGUCGCCAAGAUGAGCCUAAUCGACCUGGCGGGCUCCGAGAGGGCCAGCGCCACCAAUGCCAGGGGGGCGAGGCAGAGGGAGGGGGCCAACAUCAACCGCUCCCUCCUCGCCCUCGGCAACGUCAUCAACGCCCUAGCCAACCCCAAGAAUAAGAACACUCACAUCCCGUACCGGGACAGCAAGCUGACACGCCUGUUGAAAGACUCGCUGGGGGGGAACUGUAGGACCGUCAUGAUCGCCAACGUUAGCCCCUCUUCCAAGUCCUACGACGACACCCACAACACGUUAAAGUACGCCAACCGGGCCAAAGAGAUCAAGUCCUCGCUGAAGAGUAAUGUAGUGAGCCUGGACAGUCACAUCAGCCAGUACGCUGUGAUAUGUGAGAGGCAGCAGCAGGAGAUAAUCUUGCUAAAGAACAGGAUAAAGGAGUAUGAGGAGAGGAAGAUGCAUCCCCUUGUGCCAGGCGUUUCCAAUCCUGUCUCCAGUCAGAAACUUGCAGAGAUAAAGAAGAUGUCAGAUUCUCUCCACAGCGUGUUCUCCAGCCAGGCCCAGAUCAGACGGGAGCAGCUGCUUCUGGAACGCCAGCUGAAGGAUAACAAGCUUCGGCAGCAUUUCAGUGAGGAGACCAACCUGCAGGUUCAGCUCUUCUGCGCCAAGGACAAGACCGACAAGGCCACCUGUAAGCACGAGCGUCGCCUGGCCUCCCUGCUGACUCAGCAGCAGCACCUGCGCCAGCGGCUCAGGGACACGGAGGUGCGCUUCCUGGAAAACGACGGCUGGCUUCACCGCCUUGAGAACGAGAUGAAGCUGCUGGGAGAAGAGGCACAGGCCCCGGAGCCCCUCCAGAAAGAGCUGCACAGCCACAGGCUGCAGUUGCAGGUGGAUGACCUGAAGCAGCACAUUGAACAGAUGACCCACCUCAUCAGCCUGCAGGACCAGGAGAACAAGCACACCAGGAAGUUGUUGACCGUCUUGCUACCAGCCUAUAGUAGACACUACAGCACCCUGAAGGGGGCGGGGCUUCUAAUGACCAGUGAUGACACUGAGAACCAGCAAUUGGAGCACUUGGUGCUGAGGGACAGGGGUGUGGUCUGGGCUGACCAGGAGAAGGCGGAGCAGCAGCAAGGGGCGGAGUCACAUGCCGAGGGUUCCAGGCUGGCGCCCAUCUUGACGUUUUCUCACCUCGCCGGCCAUCCGAACAGCCCCUGUAGCGCUGACAGCCACAAAAGGAGAGUGUCCCUUCGUCUCCUAGCCUCUCCAUCAUGUCAAGGAAAGCAGACAUGCCAGGGCCCACCUGAGAAGAAGCCAACCAGGAGGAAGCUAGCUGUGUCUCCUCCUACCAACCCAAACUCCAAUGUUGGCUCCUCCCAGCCGCACAGCCCCAUGGUCCUACAUGAAGUACUGAAACAGGAAGAAAUGUAUCCACUCCAGUACACACCAGAGCCAAUACAGAACACUCCAUCCUCUCUCCUGCUUCUUCGCCCAUCUGACACCAAUGACCCCAACAUGACCUUCGACAUCACAGACUGUGAUGACCCUGCUAACACCACAGUCAUACUCGGCGGAGGACCUUCCAGGUUGGAUGACUCUAUCCAACCCACAAAAAGGCUGGCUAUACCUUCCCUGUUUGACCUGAGCCGUAAAAAGCCUCACUACACGGCCAUGACAUCUGCCGCGCAGGGCAAACGCAAAUACUGUAGCAUGAAAGUGGCUGCAGACCACACAGCACCCAAGCGCAUCAAGCAGGAGCCUGCCUCCUUGGCCAGCCGGCCACUACGAGUGCGUCGCAUGCCUGGAUCAGAAGAGAACGAGCCUCGGAGAGUGGUCAGAAGCGUGUCGGAGGGGAACCUCAACUUCUUGGAGGUCAGGAAGCCCAAGUCUCUCUUCUACAAGACAUCGCAGCAGCUCAAGAAAGUGGCCAAGAGGUUGUAAAAAAAGAAA